AUGGCAAGAGAAGCUGCGUGGAGCCUGCUGGAGCAGCUCCGCGUUGCCACGCAGAGCUUCGAGUUGAUUGGCGUCCCCGAGCACGUGUGGCCGUAUGUCUGGACCGCCCUGGGCGUCCUGGUCGUCUGCUAUCUCGCGCUGCGCGAGGACGACCGGCCGAUCCGCUACACCGUCCCGUCGCCCAAGAUGCCCGACCAGGUCGAGAUCCUCGACGAGCCCUCCAUCAAGGUUGCAGGCUCUACCGCUGUCCAUUGCUACGCUCCAGCCACCGGACAGUUCCUCGGCCUCGUGAACCCGUCGACCCCGAACGCCAUUGAUCGAGCCGUCGAGCAGGCACAGGCUGCACAGACGAAAUGGGCUGCCACAUCCUUCCGCCAGCGCCGCGCCGUGCUCCGCUCCAUGCUGCAGUAUGUGCUGGACAACCAGGAGGAGAUCUGCCGCGUGUCAUGCCUCGACAGCGGCAAGACCAUGGUUGACGCGCAACUGGGUGAGGUUCUGGUAACCGUGGAGAAGCUCCAAUGGACCAUCGCGCACGGCGAGAAGGCCCUGCGCCCGUCGCGCCGGCCGACGAACCUCUUGAUGGCGUACAAGCGCAACACGGUGCACUACGAGCCCCUCGGCGUGGUGGCGGCCCUGGUCAGCUGGAACUACCCCUUUCACAACCUGAUCGGCCCCGUCAUUAGCGCCCUCUUUUCGGGCAACGGCAUUGUCGUCAAGGUGUCGGAGCAGACCGCCUGGAGCUCCUCCUACUUCACCAAUAUCGCCCGCGGCGCCCUCGUCGCUCACGGACACGACCCGGCCCUCAUCCAGACCGUCGUCUGCUGGCCGCAGACGGCAAACCACCUCACCUCGCACCCCGGCAUCAGCCACAUUACCUUCAUCGGUUCGCGCCCCGUCUGCCACAAAGUGGCCGCCUCCGCCGCCAAAGCCCUCAUCCCUGUCGUCGCCGAGCUCGGCGGCAAAGACGCGUCCAUCGUGCUCGACUCGGUCAGCAAGCGCGACCUCCCGCGCGUCAUCGAGAUCCUCAUGCGCGGCUCGUUCCAAGCCUCCGGGCAAAACUGCAUCGGCAUCGAGCGCAUCAUCGCCACGCCGGCCAUCUACCCCCAACUCGUCUCGCUCCUCGAGCCCCGCGUGCGCGCCCUCCGCCUCGGCCCCACCGCCGACGUGGGCGCCAUGAUCUCCUCCGCGUCCUUCGACCGCCUCGAGGCCCUCAUCGCCGACGCCGUCCAGCAGGGCGCGCGCCUGCUCGUUGGCGGUGCACGCUUCACGCACCCGGACCACCCCAGGGGCCACUACUUCGCGCCGACGCUGCUGGCCGACGUGACGCCCGACAUGGCCAUCGCGCGCGAGGAGUGCUUCGCGCCGAUCAUGGUGCUGAUGCGCGCUCCGGACGCGUCGGCGGACGCGGUCCUGGCCGUCGCGAACGCGCCGCACUUCGGCCUCGGCAGCUCCGUGUUCGGCGCCGAGUCGGACCCCCGCCUGGCCGCGCUCGUCCGCGGCAUCAAGGCUGGCAUGGUCGCCGUCAACGACUUCGGCGCCACCUACGCCGUGCAGCUGCCCUUCGGCGGCGUGUCCGGGUCCGGUUACGGGCGCUUCGCCGGCGAGGAGGGGCUGCGCGGGCUGUGCAAUGUCAAGGCGGUGUGCGAGGACCGCUUCGCGUGGCUGGGCGUCCGGACGGCGAUCCCUCCGCCCAUACGGUACCCCGUUCUAGACCAGGAGCGCAGUUGGAGAUUUGCGAGGGGCGUCGUGGAGGUUGGGUAUGGGAUGGACAUUGCGAGGAAGCUCAGGGGCGUCUUGGGGAUUGUGAAGAAUAGCUGA